GAUGCAACUGAAGAUGAUAUGCCUGAGAAGACCUUCAGCAGAGGGAGUUAUCAAGAUAGUUUAAGAGCAUCCCUCCGGCAGCGCUCCAAGUCUCAGCUUUCUUACCUGGCACAUGAGCCUCCAUUAGCUGUUGUAGAUCAUAAAUCUACUCAGGAAGAAGACAGACAGGACAAGGAACUGCAUGUGGAUGAAGUUGAACCUGCCCCAGUCCGAAGGAUUAUGAAACUCAAUGCUCCAGAAUGGCCCUACAUGCUGGUAGGGUCUGUGGGGGCUGCUGUGAACGGAGCAGUCACACCCCUCUAUGCCUUCUUGUUCAGCCAGAUUCUUGGGACGUUUUCACUACCUGAUAAAGAAGAACAGAGGUCACAGAUUAAUGGUGUGUGCCUGCUUUUUGUAGGAUUGGGCUGCGUAUCCCUUCUCACCCAAUUUCUGCAGGGUUACACUUUUGCCAAAUCUGGGGAGCUCCUCACAAAAAGACUACGCAAAUUUGGUUUCAGAGCAAUGUUAGGGCAAGAUAUUGGCUGGUUUGAUGACCUCAGAAAUAGUCCUGGAGCAUUGACAACAAGACUUGCUACAGAUGCUUCCCAGGUUCAAGGGGCUACUGGCUCUCAGAUCGGAAUGAUGGUCAAUUCCUUCACCAACGUCGCAGUGGCCAUGAUUAUUGCCUUCUUGUUCAGCUGGAAACUGACCCUGGUCAUAGUGUGUUUCUUUCCGUUCUUGGCUUUAUCAGGAGCAGUUCAAACCAAAAUGUUAACAGGAUUUGCCUCCCGAGAUAAGCAGGCUCUGGAGAAGGCAGGACAGAUUACCAGUGAAGCCCUCAGUAAUAUCCGCACUAUUGCUGGAAUUGGGAAGGAAAAGCAGUUUGUUGAAUCCUUUGAGACUGAGCUGGAGAAGCCAUACAAGACGGCCAUCAAAAAAGCAAAUGUUUACGGGCUGUGCUUUGGCUUUUCCCAAUGCAUAACGUUCAUCGCAAAUUCUGCUUCCUACAGAUAUGGAGGUUACUUAAUCGCCUAUGAGGGGCUGCACUUCAGCUAUGUGUUCAGGGUCAUCUCUGCAGUUGUCCUGAGUGCAACAGCUCUUGGGAGAACCUCCUCCUAUACCCCAAGUUACGCAAAAGCUAAAAUAUCAGCUGCACGUUUUUUUCAACUGCUGGACCGACAACCUCCAAUCAAUGUGUACAGUACUGCAGGUGAAAAAUGGGACAACUUCCAGGGGAAGAUCGACUUUGUUGACUGCAAAUUCACAUAUCCUUCUCGACCUGAUGUACAAGUCCUCAGAGGCCUCUCAGUGUCCGUUAGUCCAGGGAAGACACUGGCAUUUGUUGGAAGCAGUGGAUGUGGCAAAAGCACCAGCAUUCAGCUAUUGGAACGUUUCUAUGACCCUGACCAAGGCAAAGUGAUGAUAGAUGGACACGAUAGCAGAAAAGUCAACAUUCAGUUCCUCCGCUCGAAUAUCGGAAUAGUCUCCCAGGAGCCAGUGUUGUUUGCCUGUAGCAUAAAGGACAAUAUCAAAUAUGGGGACAACACCCAAGACAUUCCCAUGGAAAGAAUCAUAGCAGCAGCUAAGCAGGCUCAGCUGCAUGACUUUGUCAUGUCACUGCCAGAGAAAUAUGAGACUAAUGUUGGAUCUCAGGGCUCUCAGCUCUCUCGAGGGGAGAAGCAACGCAUUGCCAUUGCCCGGGCCAUUGUACGCAACCCUAAAAUUUUGCUCCUAGAUGAAGCCACUUCUGCCUUAGACACAGAAAGUGAAAAGACGGUGCAGGUUGCCCUGGACAAAGCUAGAGAGGGUCGGACUUGCAUUGUCAUUGCCCACCGCUUGUCCACCAUCCAGAACUCAGACAUCAUUGCCGUCAUGUCACAAGGGGUUGUGAUUGAAAAGGGGACGCAUGAGGAACUGAUGGCUCAGAAAGGAGCCUACUACAAGCUGGUGACAACAGGAGCCCCCAUCAGUUGAGCUGACUCAAGAACUUCUUCCUGCAUAGAUGAUGCACCCAUUGCAGGAGUACUGUGGUGGUUUCUUCUUUAAAGAGCAAUGUCGAUGUUCCAGCUUUACAGACAUUGUUGUUCAUGGGAUCUAAGCUAAUUUCUAAUGACCUCCAUCAGUAAAUCAAUUUUAGAUGCCCAUAUUGAAAAUGAAAGAAACUAGAGCCAGAGUGAGCGAAAAUUGGAGGUCAAGCAGCUCUUCAGCCAUCAUUCAAGACUUCUCUGUGUGAACCGGGUACAAUCACUGUGUGGAAAUUAAAGAAA